AUGCCAUUCAAUCAGUUCACCUUUAAUAACAUCGACAUCAACGGAACCUUCAUCUACUGCGACAACAGAAUGCAAACGUACUCCGAAUAUGUCGAAUACGAUUACGAUGCUUUUCCUAAGCUACGUGCCUGUGACCCAUCAACAACUACAACCACAACAGCUUCUACUUCAACAACGACAACAACAAUACCUUCCGCUACAUCAACAACAGAUUCUGCAGCAGACAUAACUACGACUGCUACGACAGCUGCAUCUUUUUCAACAACAGGUUUCUUAACAGAUACAACAACGACAUCUAAAUCUACAUCAACAACAGAUUAUUCUAAAGAUACGACGGCUCCAACACCAUCUAUACCAUCAACUACUACAACUACAGCAGCUUCUACUUCAACAACGACAACAAUAACACCUUCGAUUACAUCAACAACAAAUUCCGCAACAGACAUAAUCACGAAUUCAACAGCAUCUGAAUCUACUUCAACAACAGGUUUCUCAACAGACACAACCACGACUACAACAACAUCUGAAUCUAUUUCAACAACAGAUUCUUCUACAGAUACAACGACCGCAACACCAUCUCCAUCUAUAUCAACAGCAGAUUCUUCGACAGAUUCGACCACAAUGACGUAUGAGUCUACAUCAACAACAGAUUCUUCAACAGAUGCAACUACGACUACAACAACAUCUCCAUCUACAUCAACAACAGAUUCUUCGAAAGAUACAAGUACGACCACAACGACAUCCACCUCUACUUCAACAACAGGGACAGCAACAGAUACAGUAACGAUCAUAAACACCACAACGACACCAAACUCUAAUUCUAUCACAGAUUGCUCGGACGAAGACACGUACUCCGAAUACGUCGAAUACGAUAACGAUGCUUUUCCUAAGCUACGUGCCUAUGUUUCAUCAACAACUACAACUACAACUACAACUACAACUCAACAGACAAAACUACGAUUACAACAACAUCUGAACCUACUUUUUCAACAGAUUCAAAUACGGCCACAACAUUGCUCGUACGAAGAUACGUACUCCGAAUACGUCGAAUACGAUUUCGAUGCUUUUCCUACGCUACGCGCAUGUGAUUCAUCAACAACUACAACUACAGCAGCUUCCAUUUCAAAAUCGACAACAACACCUUCCACUACAUUAACAACAGAUUCCGCAACGGAUAUAACUACGAAUUUAACGGCAUCUGAAACUACUCCAACAACAGAUUCUUCAACAGACACAACGGCCGCAACACAAUCUGCAUCUACAUCAACAACAGGAUCUUCGAUAGAUACGACCACAACAACAUCUGAAUCUACAUCAACAACAGGUUCCUCAACAGACACAACUACGACCACAACAACAUCUGAAUCUACUUUAACAACAGAUUCUUCAACAGCCACAAUGGCUGCAACAUCAUCUGCAUCUACAUCAACAACAGAUUCCUCGAUAGAUACGACCACAACGACAUCUGAAUCUACAUCAACAACAGGUUCCUCAACAGAUACAACUACGACCACUACAACAUCUGCUUCUUCAUCAACAAUAGAUUCUUCAACAGACACAACGAAUGUAGCACCAUCUGCAUGUACAUCAACAACAGAUUCCUCGAUGGAUACGACCACAACGACAUCUGAAUCUACAUCAACAACAGGUUCCUCAACAGACACAACUACGACCACAACAACAUCUGUAUCUACAUCAACAACAGAUUCCUCGAUAGAUACGACCACAACGACAUCUGAAUCUACAUCAACAACAGGUUCCUCAACAAUUACAACUACGACCACAACAACAUCUGCUUCUACAUCAACAACAGAUUCUUCAACAGACACAACGGCUGUAGCACCAUCUGCAUCUACAUCAACAACAGAUUCCUCGAUUGAUACGACCACAACGACAUCUGAAUCUACAUCACCAUAG